AUGCGCGAGAGCAGGGAGUCCAGGGGCGAUCUUCCCAGGAAUUUCCCGUCACCCUAUCUGGAAUGGGAUCAGCUUUCUUCCCGUAUUUGGGAACACCCUCGUAAGGCUUAUCUCGAAAGUUGGUUGGCAGACGACGCUGAUGCUUCUUUUAGCGCUCCCAGAUCUUACUUUGGCCAGCUGGGCCAAUUUACAGAUGAAGUGGCGGCCGACUUGCAGAGAAAGCGAAUAGUUAUCGCCAUAACCCAGCAUACCCUCCGUCUCGCCGAAGUUCUCGGGGAAGCAGACGUACCUGCCUCAAUAGGAGAGUCCCUGGAAACACCGCCAUUACCAGGGCAGGUUCACCUGUUGCAAGGUUUCCUUAAUGAGGGAUGGGAAACUGAAGGAAAUGAGCACCAUCCUGGUAUAACCCUUCUCUCUGACUCAGAAUUGUUCGGCACGGUCAAGGAGCGCCGUUACCGGCCGGUCCGUAGCCGGGAACAAUUGGGUGAGGAUAUUAUCCUCUCCGAAUUGGUUCCAGGGAGCUAUGUGGUACACGUGGACCACGGCGUUGCCAGGUUUGCCGGAACCACUCAUAUGGAGGACAACGGAGAGGACAAGGAGUUCCUGGUCCUGGAAUAUGCCGAGAAUGACAAGCUUUACGUUCCUACGGAUCAUUUGGACCGGGUGGGCGCCUAUGUGGGAGCGCAGGACCAACCGCCAACAUUGACCCGUCUGGGAACCGCGGAAUGGGCGCGAAUAAAGGAAAGAGUAAAGGGAUCGACUCGCGAAAUGGCGGAGGAACUCUUAAGGCUUUAUGCCGCCCGGAAAGCCGCAGAAGGGCACGAAUUUAGCAUGGAUACGAUUUGGCAAAGGGAACUGGAAGAUUCCUUUCCUUUCCAGGAGACGCCAGACCAGGUUCGCGCCAUUGACGAAGUCAAAGCUGAUAUGGAGCAGAUCAAGCCGAUGGACCGGCUGAUCUGUGGAGACGUGGGCUACGGCAAAACGGAGGUGGCUUUGCGAGCCGCCUUCAAGACCGUGUCAGACGGUAUGCAAGUGGGCCUUUUGGUUCCUACAACCGUACUGGCCCAGCAGCACUAUGCCACGUUCAGCGAGCGUCUCAGCCCCUUUCCGCUACAAGUGGAGGUGUUGAGCCGUUUCCGCACCCCAAGAGAACAGCAGGACGUUAUCGAAGGCCUCGAGCAGGGCACUAUCGACAUUGUUAUCGGCACCCACCGGUUGCUUCAAAAGGAUGUCCGCUUCAAGAAUCUGGGGUUAGUAGUAGUGGAUGAAGAACAGCGGUUUGGGGUGGGUCAUAAAGAAACCCUGAAACGUUUGCGAAGCCAGGUGGAUGUGCUGACACUAAGCGCCACCCCCAUACCUAGAACACUACACAUGGCCUUAACGGGAAUCCGGGAUAUGAGCGUAAUGAACACACCUCCGGAAGCCCGCCUGCCCGUCAAAACCUUCGUCUCAGAAUACAAUGAGGAAACUAUUCGGGAGGCCAUUCUUCGGGAAAUCGAGCGCGACGGGCAAGUCUUCUUUCUGCACAACCGUGUCCGGAACAUCGAACAAACGGCGGCCGAUUUGGCCGAGCUUGUACCGGAAGCCCGCUUUAUGAUCGGGCACGGUCAAAUGCCGGAGCUUGAACUGGAAGAAGCGAUGGAGGCUUUCGCGGCUGGCGAAGCGGACGUCCUGGUUUGCACCACCAUCAUUGAAUCCGGCCUGGAUAUGCCCAACGUCAACACGCUUAUUCUGGACCGGGCCGACCGGUUUGGGCUUUCCCAGCUCUACCAAUUGCGAGGCCGUGUUGGCAGGGGAGAGCACCGAGCCUACGCGUACCUGCUCUUGCCCAGGGGCAGGCAGAUAACGGAAGCAGCCGAAAAACGCGUGCAGGCUAUCCUGGAAGCAUCGGAUUUGGGGUCUGGCUUCAGAAUUGCGAUGCGGGACCUGGAAAUAAGGGGCGCGGGUAACUUGCUGGGAGCUGCCCAGAGCGGGCAGAUUCAUGCGGUGGGAUUGGAACUGUACGGUCAAUUGCUCGAAGAGGCAGUGUCUGAACUAAUGGCGCCGGCGAAGGCAGCGAUGGUAAUUCCCAGCCUGCUGACGGCCCCGUCGAGUUACCCAGGAUAG